AUGCCGAAUCUCACUUUGCUCCGCCAGCAAGUCAACUACCACAGAGCUCGCGCCGGACCCUCGAUGCGAAUCAACCCAUCACAGCGAGCUGAUUUAGAGAUUCCUGACGAGCUGAUGGGUACCCACUCUGGGGAGCAGUUCCUUCAUUACGAUUCUGGCGUCGGAGACUCUAAGAGAAUAAUCGUUUUCGCAACGGCGAAGAACCUCGAGCUUCUCCGAAACUGUAACGAAUGGUUCAUGGACGGCACUUUCAAAGCGUGCCCCUCGAUUUUCUACCAACUGUUUACAGUCCACGUGAAGCUAUUUUCGAGUAAAGUCAUCCCGGUCAUUUACGCCUUCUUGCCAGCGAAAGAUGGAGUUACCUACAGGAAAUUGUUCGAGCUCAUCCACAAGGCGGUCGAUGGCUCUUUGCCGCAAGUAAUCCAUCUGGACUUCGAAAAGGCUUUAAUGAAUGAACUUUCCGCGAGGUUCCCACUCGCUGAAAUCGUAGGAUGCAAUUUUCAUUUCAAUCAGAGUCUUUGGCGUCACAUUCAGAGCGACCCCAAACUCUGUCAUGAAUAUCUGAACAACCUCGAUGCCAAUAUGAAUUUGAGGAUGUUAGCCGCUUUGGCGUUUGUUCCAUGCGCACAGGUUAGAUCCGUGUUCGCGAAACUAUUGGAAUCCGAUUUUAUUGUAAAGCACAUGCCAGUUUUCUCGGCUUUUAUCAAUUAUUUUGAGAAAACAUGGGUUGGCCGCGAGUUCAGCGCCCCGAUUUUCCCACUAGAAUGGUGGAACUGUUACGAUGCCACUCUCCAUGGGACGGCCAGAACAAAUAACUCAGUUGAGGCCUGGCACUCUGCCUUCGCCCGUAAGUUGGCUUCCAGUCACCCAACGUUCUAUAAAUUGAUCGAAGUUCUGAAGGCAGAGCAGGGAAGCGUCGAGUUCGCCGUAUGCAAUACCGAGGCUCAAGGGAACGAUAAUGUGUCGAAACGAGUGUAUAGGGAUCGACAGAAACGUUUGGUUGAAAUUGUGAAUGUGUUCGAAAACAUGGACAAUAUCAAGUAUCUUAAGGCUAUUGCUCAGAAUAUUAAGAAUAUGCAGACCAGAGUCAUUGUGAGGCGGACUAAACCUAAGUCAGUGGAGUGUGGGAGCCUAGUUGGGUUAGGCCGCGAAGUGGCCUAA